AUGCCUAUAGGUGAAUCCAUUGUUGUUAACCCAAAAGAGUUUCCAAAUAUCACUGCUGGAAAUGUUGUGGAGAUAUUUCAUCCAGAAGAUGAAACCAGCCGUUUAUUGUUACAAGUUCCUUCUCUUAGAGAUGACUUUCAGCAAAAGGACACUAUUAGCGUAGAGCAGUCCGUGGCAAAUGCCUUCAACCUCCGCACAUACAAAGAUGUCAGGGUCAAUGUUGUCGACUCAAAGUCUGUGGCGUUGGAUCUCAUGGAGAUUGUCUUUAGAGAACAGUAUUACAGUCGGAGUGAUAUGUGGCGGCUCUCCAAGACCUUGGUCAAUACAUGUGUGUACGCCUCUAAGAAAAUUGAGUUUGCAGAAAUGAGGGCUCAAGUGAAUGAGCUUUGGUCAAAGGGAGAGAAGAUGACAUGCGGAUAUGUGACAGAGGACACCAGGGUUGUGUUUAGGUCUUCAACAGCAGUGAUCAGUAUCUUCAUCCAGAUGAGCAGUGAGAUGUGGGAGUUCGAUGCCUACGGAGACUUAUACUUUGAAAAAGCUGUCUGUGGCUUCCUGGCCGAACUCUUUGCAAAAUGGAAGGAGAAUAACUGUUCCCAUGAUGUGACGAUUGUGAUGUUCUCUCGGACGUUUUACGAUGCACAGUCAAAAGAUGAACUGCCACAUCCUGUGAGAGAAUGCAUCACUCAAGACUACAAGGGUCGUUUCUAUGAGGAUUUCUACAGGGUUGUUGUCCAGAAUGAGAGAUACGAUGAAUGGACGUCAGUGCUGAUCGAGCUUAAGAAACUGUUUGUUGAGUACCCGAAGCGUGUGCUUCACUUCCAUGACAGCAGCGGCCAUCGGCUACCAAGGGCUUGGAACUCCACGGCUGCCCAGGGAAACUUUCUGGAAGUUAUCAACAUGUCAUUGAAUUCCUAUGAGAAGUAUUACAUUGACCGUAACUUUGAUAGGACUGGAAAAGUUGCAGUAGUGAUAACACCCGGGGCAGGUGUUUUCGAAGUUGAUCGUGAACUCAUGAAUGUCACCAAGCAAAGGACAAUCGACUAUGGUAUUGGAGCAGACAUAGUUUGCAUGGCAGAACAACCUCUUCAUGCUGUCCCGCUAUUCAAGUUCCAUAACAAGAACGAUCAGACGACACUGGAUGUUGGUGACGACUACAACCUUCCACAUUGGAUCAAUAUCAGUUUCUACCAUUCGAACAGUCAGGAACAAGGUACAAAUUCAGCCAAAUUUGUGCCAAGGAUUAAGUUGGGAAUCAAAAACCCAAACAGACCUCUCUUGGGAAUGGAAAAGAACAACAGUAAGGAAAAUGUGCUUGCCAACCGCUGGAGGGAACAAUCCCACGACAACUUCCCGUUUGUUGACUAUGAUGAGUAUGACAGCAAUACAUUCAAACUCCCUAGCAAGGUGGCUUCUAUGACUCAAGUGAAAAACCGUAGCUCCUCGGCAGCAGUGUCCAAAUUCAUUCCACAGUCUUUCCAGGAAGCACUCAGCCAGCAUCGCCCAAGGACACGCACGAUCUCUGACGACUACCUUGGCGCUGAUUUGGGAAACUCAGUCACUCCAAAGAUGCCGAUUCCAUAUCACUCGAGCCCUGAAAAUCUUCUCUCAUCAUCUUAUAGUGGAGUGGUGGCUACAAGUAUGGGUGGUGGGAUAACUCAGGAGUCCAAUGUUUCUGAGUCAAAUGAUGACCUCGUUAUCGGAUACCGUAGCAUUGUGGGAAGUGAGACAUCACUGAGCAGCCAUCUUGCCCGAACCGGCAGCGGUGAAGAGAAGGGCCGACCACAUCGUGCCCUCAUCAAUCCGUUCGCUCCAAUGAGGCUGAAUUUUAAGAUGACUUCCAAUAGGAGGCGCUGGAUACAUGCCUUCCCUAUCGAUCCCCAAGGGACGACGAUCCGGUCUCACUACCAUCGUUUCAAGAUAAAGGAAAAUAAAAUUGACUUGAGCGUGCAGCCACCUACCAAGGAAGUCAUGGAGGCUGCCCAGCUAGCCGUUGAAAUAAGGAAGAACCGCACUCGCCAGGAGAGUAGUUGCAAUGAGUCUGACCAGUCAAGUUCGGUAUCGCCGUCCGGUACCCUGACCAGGUGUGACAGUACCACCUCCACUCACACUCUCCAACAGAUACCCAGUUCAUCGAGCCUUUCGACGCUGAAUAGAUCUCAGAGUAUAUCCAAGGUUCAGAGUAACGCUAGUAUCUCGAGUAUGGUACCGAAAGGCAGCUAUGAUGAGACAUUCGCUGCAAGAGCCAAGACACCCACACACUCUCAGAAACGGCUGUCGAGUAUCUUGAGGGAACUUGAGGUUGAGAAGACCGGCCGCUGGCUGUGGGGGCCUCCUGGCGAGAAGGAAUGGAGUCCAUCAUUGACCAUGGCAUUCUGGACAUCGUCGGACUGCCUGUUUACUCUAGCUGGGGGCAGAUUGGGGGUUGAUUGGAAGUCGCUAUGUUACCCAGCCCAGUUGCCCAUGACAACUGAUUACUUCCCUGACCAAGAGGCAUUGCAGAAGUACUAUGUCUUCACCGAUUACAGUCUCUUGCCUGACGACUAUAAUCAAGACGUCUGGCAGAGGCCCUCCGGUGAAGAUGCAAGCAAGUACAACCACAAACCACUUACCUGUAGUCAAGUAUUCAAGGAGCUUAUCUCACAGAGGAUGGCCCAAGGCUUCCAGUUGAUAGUGCAGCCAAAGACGCAGACCCAAGGUGGACACAGCAAGCUGAGCUCAAGCCCUCGUUAUAACACUGGUUCAUUUUAUAAUAAUAGGACUUGGUCUAGACCCGAACAGGAACAAUCAGAAGAAUACAACAUGAGUAUUGGCCGUAUCUUCCACAAGCUGAACCUGUCCAACUCGUCCAUCACUGUCACCAGAUACCGCCCGCGCCAUUCUGCACCCAACAUUCUCGUCCACUACAGAUAUCGGCUACAAGUGCCAGACUCAAAGACGUACGACAUCUCGUGGGCAGACUUCCGCAGCGAACAGUUGGAGAGUUAUAACUGGAAUUAUCUGGAUUUGUACAUCUGCACGAGAGGCGAGAGUGACUUUGGUCUUGUGGAAUCUCUGAAAUUCUGGCGGAGUCGAUUCUUCCUACUGCCAUUACAAACGGAUCCUGCUACGGAGAAGAUUAUCCAGGGUUCAGCAAGGUGUGACAUCUAUGAAGAACGAUGCAUCAAGGAGCAGUGUCAGAUUGUUGAGGGCUACCUCCGCUUCAUUGAAACAAUAAACAAGAUUCGAAGGCCGAGUUCGACCAGAAAGCAGAAGAUUUCAGAGGCAAGACGUGCCAGUCAUGAGUACCACUGCCAGAAGAAACUAUCAGCUCCUUCCAUAAUGAACGUUUCUGCCUUACGGAGAAACAGUGACCCAAGACCCAUUGAGAAUUCCUUGACACAGUAUUUUCAAAGUAAAAUGAAAACCACCACAGCAGCAAAUGUGGCCAUCCAAAAACCAUCCCUAGCAGACGGCCUGGAACUCAAGCCAGAGGUCGCAAAUCGUGUUCGCCAUCCCAGUAUGCCCGCCAAGGUUUUCGCAAGCGAAAGCACGAUGGAUUCUGCACCCUUGGUGACAGCAUCAAGCAUUCCUCAUUCCCCUGCACCAGAUGUGAAAAAGUCAACGAGCAGCCAGUCUUCGACAGUGAUAUCGCAGUCGUCUGAGAUUGCAUCUGUGACUCUGUCAUAUGCUGACAGUGAUAACAAACAGAUUGGAGUCACUGACAAUAGUACAUCUGAGAGCGAUGACUGUUUGACAAUUAACUCACUACUGACUGACAUAGUUGAGGCCAUGCUUGAUGCAAAUGAAGGCUUAUCUUUUCUUCCCAAGCAACCUGGUCUUCCCCCUCAUUGCUUCAUAUCAGCGGAAGCCGUUGCAUGGGUGAGGGUGUGUGUUCAAGGAGUCAUGUCUGAUAGUAUGGCUGUCGAUAUUCUGCAGAAAAUGUUGGAUGCCAAGCUGAUCUGUCAUCCGUCAAAUGACCCGAAACACAAGUUCAUCAAUGGGUUCUUCCUCUUUACCAUCCUACCAAGGAGCGAGCAAGGGGUUGGGCCAGAGGCGCCAGUGAACAGCCUCUUCUCCAAUGAAUGGUGCGAGGUGGAGAUUGAUCUAAAUGACAAGCCUCCCCCUGAGGUGCGCGCGUGGCUUGAAGAGAACUUGCCGCCGAAAGUUACACCGAAGAAACCGAGGACGUCUGAUUGCUGGCGGGACACAACGCUGAAAAAUAUUGGUCAUGAGAACUUCAAGCAGGUGAAUGUUGAUGUGGAUUCGUCAGCGAAGAGCGACAGGAAAGAAUGGGGUAUUGCCUUCUACCACAGCAAGUACAACCCUCUCUCCCCAUUCUCGCUUGAGAUUCAAUGGAUGGUGGCGACAGGGUGCAUCAUGGGAGAACUGAUCUACAGCUAUGCCAGAAAAGCCAGCUCUUGUGGGUUUCACUUCCUGCCAGUACCAUUAGAUCAGUUUGCCCUGCCGUAUACACCAAACUCGGAUCCACUGCGAGGACCCGUCUUCAUCCCACUAAAUGUGGCAUGCUUGAAGACGCCGGGCAUUUCAUUGUUUGGAGAAUUUAAAGAUGAGAGACCAUGGGAAAGACUGGAGCUGUUUCAAGAUGCAAUUCUCAAAAGGUUUGGCUUCAUGCGUGACCUCUAUUCCAUCAAUCUGUCGACAUCGUAUGGUCUCCCAGAGGACAUCUCGAUGAAAUACGUCCACUGCACGGGUGGCAUGUUUGCACUGAUUCCAGACCAUAAUAUCAUAACCUCGCCAAAGGCCAAGGAUCGUGUAUUUGCUCAGAAACAGCAACGGCAGAGUGUACACAAGGAUUUCAUUGCGAGACAUCUUUCGAUUAAUGGUGUAUGUGACCCAGGACCACAGGAUCAAAUCGGAUUCAUUUGGUCGUGGAAUUUCAUGCUGACAAAACGUUGGCGAACUUCGAACACUGGUGAUGAACAUUUUCAAGAUAAGGUGCUAAAAGACUUUAGGGAUUUCUGCAAUAAUGAGGACAAUCGGCUGCGCGACUUUUGGGAUGAGAGCUGGGAGAAGGCUAGGCAGGCAGCAGAACCAGUGGAAAUGCUCACCGAUUCAGAGUUUUGGUCCGUGGACCCAAAUGAGGAAACUGUCUGAUCAUAAUCUGUAGAGGGACUUGUGAGAUAAGAACUAGGAGAGGGCUAUCAUAUGUAAAGUAAUAAAGAGGGAAGUGUAACCAGAAGGAUAGGGUCACUCCUACAGUUGUGCUGGUAUCCUGUGAUAUCUGAUACUGCAAAUUGAGUGGUCAUUACUUGUACUGUUAGAAUGAAACUCUGUCAGAUUCUGUGUUGUAUGAAGUUUACAAAUAAAUAAAGAUUGUUUUAAACAUGUUUAAAGAA